AUAUAAACUCCCAGAAACCUUGCCGUCUCUUCUUUUCCCGCGAGAAAGGUAAAAGGGGAAACGGAAAAAACCCUAAUCAUAGUGACUUGGAAGUAGCCGCAGUCAUUGAACAUGGCUCUGGUGAUGUCAUGUCUGCCAAAUGUGGAGUUCAAAAACUCUUAUUUGAAGAGCUUUACAGUAUGCAGGUGUAAAUAUUCUGAUGACACUUCUCAAAAGGUUAAUCGGCUAUUGAAGUGGGAUGUCAGCAAAUGCUCUUUGUUCACCUUUCCAUCUUUUCCAUCUUUCGGCAAACGGAUUGCCUUUGCAAGGAGCCCCUCUAAUAAAAUGGUUUCUAAUGGAUACAUCAGUGAAGAUACAUACAAAAAUAAGAUCUAUAGAAGGUUGGAUUCUUGUUUGGUCAUUCCCCCUCCAAAUGGUAAGAAGCCCCGUGCUAUUAUCAAGUUCUUGGGAGGUGCCUUUGUUGGUGCAGUUCCUGAAGUUACAUAUAGCCAUCUAAUGAAUCUUUUGGCGAAGGAUGGGUUUCUUAUAAUAUCCGUGCCAUUCAACGUCACAUUUGAUCAUGCCCAAGCUGCUAGGGAAGUAUAUGAGCGGUUCAAUGACUGUAUGGACAUGCUUCUCACAUCAGGAUUGGCCUAUGCCAAUAUAGUUUCGACCGAUCUCAUCGACCUUCCAGUUUACUCCGUUGGUCAUAGCAAUGGUGCACUCAUCCAGUUGCUCAUAGGAAGCUACUUUUCUGAGAAGAUACCAAAGGCCAAUGCCCUUAUCUCGUUCAACAACAGACCAGCUUCAGAGGCUGUGCCGUACUUCGAGCAGUUUGGUCCCAUGGUUAGUCAGUUGGUGCCUAUGAUGGAAGCAUCCCCCGUUUAUGAAAUGGCUAGAAAUGCUUCAGGAGAUGCAUGGAAGGCACUACUCGACACUGCCGGACCAAUGAUACAAGCAUAUGACCAGGAAGCCUUGGUUUCUUUGACCAAAUUUGUGGAUCAAUUACCCUCUGUCAUGAAUCAGGUUACCCAGGGGAUAUCAGAGUUCAGGCCAACACCCUCUGAAAACCGUGAUUUCUGUAAGAAAUCUUACAAUGUCCCACACACUUUACUGGUGAAAUUCAGCUUGGAUGCCAUUGAUGAAACCGACCUCCUCGAAGAGAUCUUGAAGCCUCGUGUGGAGUCUAUAGGUGGCAUGAUUCAGAAGGUUACACUGGCAGGGAACCAUCUCACACCAUGCAUACAGGAUGUAACAUGGCGAGUUGGUGAUCUGUACACUCCAGCAGAUGCCCUUGCUCAGGGAUUGAAGUCUCUCUCGCUCAAUGACACUAAAGUUCUUGCUCGAACCAUCUCUGAUUGGUUCAGAGAUAUUGACCGUCAGUAAAGAAAGAAAAAAGAAAAAGAAAAAAAGAAGAACAGAAUCUUCCCCAUUCAUGUGUUACCAUGACACUAUUUCAGAUGGCAAGAUUCCACACUGUCCAUGCUUUGGCAGGAUGUCAUGUAUACUGUAAAUCAGGGAUUGAAGUAUUACCGUCAAUGUAGUGAAAUAGCAUUUUCCUGUAACCGUAUGUUGCAUACAGAUUGUUUGUUACAUGAAAUUUGUAUUUUUAGUUGCA